AUGACCGGGACAAAAAGUCUACUAGUAGUGGGCAGAUCGUCUAGUUUAAGCGAAAUAUUUGAACAUUCGAGUCAAUUUGGCUUCAAGCCAGAUGCAGUUUUAAGUUUAGGAGCCAAAGACGUAGAGAUUCCAGCGGAAAGCGUCCCUGUCUUCUUUUGGGAUAACACCAAUAAAGUCAUCGAUUUUAAUGGUAUAAAAAUAGCAUUUGCCAAAUCGUCGUCUCCUGAACUCGAAGGCCCCGUCGACAUUUUGAUUUCACCAACGCUGGCCUCUGCAGAAAUACGUGGGGUCGGUGAAAAACUCACUCCGUGGUACCACUUUGUGCCCGGAGCGUACUACGAAGUAGAACCGUUUUACUCCAAUGGCCGCGGAACAAGGCUUGUGUCGCUUGGUCCAGUGGGGUCAUCAGAAAAAUGGGCUCAUUUAGUCCAGAUUGGCCUGAACGUUACACCAGCUCGCCCGUCAACAGGAGUGAACUUUUACAAUGUCAAGGCCAGCCAUCGUUCGGAUUUGGUGUGGGGCGAGCCUGAAUUGAAGCGAGCCUCUCAACGCAGCAAUGGGCAAUCGAACGAAAAGCCGUCUAAAAAGCAGAAACGUGCAUGUUACAUGUGUCUGGAUUCACCUGCAGCAACUCAAGAGCUGGUUGUAGCCACUGGUUCACACGUCUAUUUAUCUACUGCUCGAGGACCCAUCCAGUGCGAGAAGGUCAUGGCACAACUAGGCUGUGCUGGCCAUGUUUUGCUGAUCCCGCGCACCCAUAUACCCUCGAUUGCACGUAAUGGUCGUAGCGAAGACCAGCUUGAGCUUCGAAAGUUUGAAAUUGCUUUGGGAAGCAUGUACAGACAGCAUGGAUUGGAACCUGUUACAUACGAGUUUGUGAGAGACCGAACAGUUCACGGCCACACCCAAGUAGUACCGAUCCCCGCUUCAGCCGUGGACCAAGCGCUCCAACAAAUGCAGAGCGCUAUCGUAAAUCGUGGCAUGCCAUUAUCUCGACAGCCGCCAGCCGGAGACUACCUGGUUGUCAGGGUGAGUGCUCAGCCAACUAUUUAUGCCCAGCUGCCGUUUCGGGACGUUGAUUUGCAGCUGCCUAGAGCUGUCCUAUGCAAAGUGCUAGGGCUCGAAGACCAGGCGGCAGACUGGAAACAGUGCAUACUCGAGAAUGAAGCCAAGGAUGCUCAAGAGACCCAGCAGCUUUUCGAACCGUUUAAUUUUUUAAAUACUUAG